AUUCACGCGCCACAACAGCGCUGAGUUAAAGUUGUGAAUAUCUGUUCAUGGAUAUAUAAUUAUUAGUGCACUGGAAUUAUAGCAUAAUUUUCAAGUUAUGACUCAGUCGGAGAGAAAUAAUAUUUUCAUAAAGAUCUGGGCCAAGUAACUUCAGCUCAUGAGCUCUCCUUCGAAGAUGCCGUUCACAGCUGAUGCAGCGGCACAUCAAAUACAGGAACGGCUCAAGAACAUAUACAAUUUAAUAUUUGAGAUAGAAGAAGAACGCAAUCGAUCUGAACAUAAUUUAAAUAAUAUCACCAAGGCUCAUGACAAAAUAACACCAGAUGAUAAAGUCUCUCCUUACUAUCAACAGAAAUUAAAAAGUUUAUAUAGCGCUGCUGUCUCUGAUGCUCAACAAGAAGAGGAGCUGAUACGAAAAGCGCUGGCAAAAAUUAACGAAAUUAGGGCAAUUCGAAAUGAGCGUAGAAUUCAAGCGCGUAACGCAGGAAACAAGGAAACGAUACGACGAGGUGCAUUGAUGAAAAUGUUGUUGAGCUCUGCACAAACUCUACCACUAUAUGUGGGUAAGUCACCUGGAGCAAAACCGCCGCCACUAUGUGGCGCAAUUCCAGCUGAAGUUACGUACAUAGCAAAGAUGGGAGAUAUGGUUGCCGCGCUGGUAAAGGGAUCUGAAGAAGAGGAGAAUUGGAUUCUUGCUGAAGUCGUUCAAUUUAAUCCAACGACGAGUAAAUAUGAAGUUGAUGACAUAGAUGAGGAACAAAAAGAUAGGCAUGUUCUUUCAAAGCGUCGUGUUGUCCCUUUGCCUCUGAUGCGAGCAAACCCGGAGACCGACGCCCAUGCAUUAUUUCCCAAAGGAUCUAUAGUUAUGGCGCUCUAUCCCCAAACGACAUGCUUCUACAAGGCUGUUGUUAAUCAGCUACCGACUACCGCAACUGAAGAGUACGAAGUACUAUUCGAAGAUGCAACAUAUGCGGACGGAUACUCCCCACCUUUAAAUGUUGCGCAACGUUACGUGAUAUCCAUAAAGGAGAGUAAGAAAAAUAAAAGUCAGUCUUGAAGAGAAGCAGAGGUAUUAUUUAUAAUCCGUAACGAAUCGUAAUGACACCGGAAAUUUCUAAGCAAUAAUGCAGAUAUACGUCUAAUUGAGAUGCUGUACAAUUCAAAUCAUGCAAUCAUCUCACUGCCAUCAAUUUUUUUUUUCGUUACAAGAAGAAAUUACGUAGCUAAAUGAACAAAAAUUGAUGCUUUAGUUAUUAGAUAUUUGUAAUAUCAUCAAACUGUAUAUAAUCAAUAAACAGGAGAAAUUUUAUGUGCCAGGAUGUAUAUGCAUUUUAUACAGAUUGCGCACAUAUACAUUCUUUGCUUUUCAUUCCAAAAUACUAUCAAAGUUAUUAUUUCAGUUACUCAAAAUUACGCAUAAGGAUUCUUUAUUUGUCCAUUCAAUCAUCUUACAUUUAUUUUUUAACAUAUUUUUUCCUCUUAUCUAUUUUCUUUUCUUAUUUUUCUUUCCUAGUGAGAAAUAAAAAUUGUUCAUGAAUACGUGUUUUGUCGCUGAAUCGAAGGUGAUGCUGCACCGCACCUGCAAAAUACUUAGCGACAUGGGAGUAAUGUGGGUUUAAUUAGACUUUCGGUCUCUAAUACGAACACCAGAACUUUUUAGUGCUCAAAACGCACUCGGAAGUACAUUAUGUAUAAAUAUCGGUAAUAGCGAUCAAUCCUCAUCUUACAAAGUAGUAUUCAACGCUUUUUUUUAAACUUUAAAUCAAAUUAAAAAUCUAUCCUUAAAAUGUUCCUACUUAAUCAAAGUUGCAAUGACAUGAAACUGU